ACAUCCCGCGCGUUAGAGAAAAUCAGUACGACUAAAACCCUAACAAACCCAUUUUGUAACAUAAACCCUAAAACCCUCGUCCCCAAUUUACUCGCAGAGCCCAAACCAAAAUACUAACCCCUGAAUUCUCAAUUGUAUAGAAGAUUAAGUUUUGAACUUGAGAGUUCAGAAGCAAUGACCAUGGAGGUGGAACCAGAGGGGAAGAAUGUGAUGUGCCUUCUGACGGACCCAGAAGGGACGCCAUUGGGAAAUUCCGUGUACCUUCCCCAAAACACCGGCCCGCAACACCUUCAACAAAUCGUCAAUCAGCUUCUCAACAACGAGGACAAGCUGCCUUAUGCUUUCUAUAUAUCAGAUCAGGAACUUCUUGAGUCACUUGGAAAAUAUUCGGAGAAGAAUAAAAUUUCUGUUGAGAAGGUACUGAAAAUAGUUUAUCAACCACAAGCUAUUUUCCGAAUUCGUCCUGUUCAUCGGUGCUCGGCAACAAUUGCUGGUCACAAUGAAGCUGUACUUUCAGUUGCUUUUAGUCCUGAUGGCCGACAGUUGGCGAGUGGUUCUGGUGAUACCACUGUCCGACUAUGGGACCUUGGUACUCAGACACCGUUGUACACAUGUACAGGACAUAAGAAUUGGGUCCUUUGUAUUGCAUGGUCACCUGAUGGUAAACAUCUUGUUAGUGGGAGUAAAGCCGGGGAACUCCAAUGUUGGGAUCCACAGACUGGGAAGCCAUCAGGCAAUCCACUUAUAGGCCAUAAGAAAUGGAUUACUGGAAUCUCUUGGGAACCAGUCCACCUGAACUCUCCCUGUCGACGCUUUGUAAGUGCUAGCAAAGAUGGUGAUGCACGCAUAUGGGACGUUACAUUGAGGAAAUCUGUUAUAUGUCUUAGUGGCCACACACUUGCAGUGACGUGUGUAAAAUGGGGGGGAGAUGGUGUUAUAUAUACAGGGUCCCAGGAUUGUACUAUCAAAGUCUGGGAGACUACACAAGGGAAGCUAAUUCGUGAACUUAAGGUAAGAAAGACACAGCUUUUGGUUCAUGGUUUAGUUCAGUUACUAUGA